UUAUUUUUAACAGGAAGCGGAACCUAACCGGAAGCACGUGUCGGUGACGUCGUCCUUGGAAAACAAAAACAAACCUGUGUGUUGCAAUAUUUCUGUUUUCAAUCGACGUUUGGUCAGCGCCUAAAAUCGUUCGUGUCGUCUUUGGUGUGCGCCUUAUGAUUGUUCCCACCGAAGCUGCAGUUUACCGGUAAUUGCUUGUUUGAGAGCCAUGGCCCAGCAGAGAGGAGUAAACAGCCUGCAGUUCAAUCAGGACCAAAGCUGUUUCUGCUGCGCUAUGGAGACGGGGGUCAGGAUUUACAACGUGGAGCCUCUAAUGGAGAAGGGCCACCUGGACCAUGAGCAGGUUGGCAGUGUAGCCCUGUGCUCCAUGCUGCAUCGCUCUAACCUGCUGGCCAUAAUUGGAGGUGGAGUCAAUCCUAAAUUCUCAGAAAUAUCUGUGUUGAUCUGGGACGAUGCUCGGGAGUCACGGGAUCCUAAGGACAAACUGGUGCUGGAAUUCACCUUCACCAAGCCUGUUCUGGCUGUCCGCAUGAGACACGACAAGAUCAUCAUUGUGCUGAAGAACAGGAUCUAUGUGUACAGUUUUCCAGACAACCCUGUCAAGCUUUUUGAGUUUGACACCAGAGAUAACCCCAAAGGUCUUUGUGAUUUGUGUCCCAGUUUGGAGAAACAGCUUCUGGUCUUCCCAGGUCACAAAUGUGGCAGCCUGCAGCUGGUUGACCUGUCCAACACCAAACCUGGAACAUCAUCUGCCCCUUUUACUAUCAACGCCCAUCAGAGCGAGAUUGCCUGUGUGGCCCUCAACCAGCCCGGCAGCGUGGCAGCUUCAGCCUCUCGUAAAGGAACCCUCAUCCGCCUGUUCGACACAACGACCAGGGACAAACUGGUGGAGCUGCGCAGAGGAACAGACCCUGCCACUCUUUACUGCAUCAACUUCAGCCAUGACUCAUCUUUCUUGUGCGCAUCCAGUGACAAAGGCACAGUUCACAUCUUUGCACUCAAAGACACCAAACUCAACCGUCGCUCUGCGCUGGCACGUGUUGGGAAGGUGGGUCCUGUGAUUGGUCAGUAUGUGGACAGCCAAUGGUCAUUGGCCAGCUUUACUGUGCCUGCUGAGUGUGCCUGUAUCUGUGCUUUUGGAAAGAAUACUUCCAAGAACGUCAACUCAGUCAUUGCCAUAUGUGUGGACGGGACCUUCCAUAAGUAUGUGUUCACCCCUGAUGGAAACUGCAAUCGAGAGGCCUUCGAUGUGUAUCUGGACAUAUGUGAUGAUGAUGACUUUUAAGGCCACACAGAGAAACCAGUUAUAGAUGAACAUGAGAAUUAUGAAUGGAAACAGACUACUUUUAAUGAAUUAUCUCCUGCUGUGAAUCUGAGGAGCACGGACUUCAUGCAAAGAGUCUGUUAUAUGAAGUUUUAUGUAAUCAGUUUUACUUACAGUGUAUAGCAGUGUGAAUAUAAAGUUUUCUAUUGGGCUGUUAAUCAUCACUCUGAAAAGUUUAUGUUAUAUGGUAAAAACAGAAAUGUAUGUUAUGUAUGUUGUAUUUCUUAGAAACUAAUAUUGAAUUAAAAAUGACACUGAAAUUUUAAUUCACUUUUGCUAAGAAAGCAGAACAUGAAGCCCUGUUAUUUGCCUGUUACAUUAGUGAAUGUAUGGUGCACAUUUCAUGGCAUAAAAAGGAAGCACUCCCAUAGAGAUGUUAUUUUGUCAUGCUGCUGUAGCAGAGCACAAACCUCCUCCAGAGCAGCUCACUCUCUGGGGAGUAUUUCCCUUUAAAGAAAUAGUAUUUUGCAUGUAUUUAUUUUAUGUUUAUUUUGUUCUUUUUAAACUUGCGUUAAGAAGUUGGUAGUGUAGUAAAAAUCAGAUAAGGGUAGCAUGACAGAGGUUUACUCUGAUUGCACAAACAUCAUGUUAAUGGAUAAAAGGCAUUGAGCUUAUUAUAUGGAGGAGCUGGCAGAUGAUUGCUCCAUUCCGUAGUCAGUAUCCGUAGACAGGCCUAUGCAGAACAGCAGUGGGGACAGAGCUACAGUGCUAUGGGCUUGAAGUUUGCCUCUAGUAUUGUACGUCAUAUCUCCAUUGAGUUCUCGAUGAACGCUCUUAGGGUCCUAUUGAUCUUGUACAACUCUAGGCA